AUGAUUUCUUUAUUUAUUCUUCUAUCUUUAACGAAGAAUUUCCAUCUUGCAAGAUGGAAAUCCAUUUUGGCUCGGCGACAGCAAAAAAAAUCCCAGAAUUCGGCCGUGCAAAAAAAAAAUAAAACGGCCGGAAGGCCAAGGGGUCGCAGAUGGCAAUUCUCUGGGGUGCAGGCUAGGGCUGACUGGGCUUCCCCUCGACCCACAGACAAGAUACCGACGGCGCAACAUCAAUCAAGCACUUCUGGAGGAGCAUUAUGGUGCCUGCGAAUGGCACAGGUGGUUCCAGAAGAAGAUAAUGGACGAUCCUCUCAUACCCUGAGCACCACCAGGGGUUAAGAGAGUCCUUGCCGAAAUUUUUGAUCCAGCAGGGUCGGGUGAGUCUCCCCGACAGACUGAGGACGUCACCAUUUUUGAUUGCUCCGAAGAAAAAGGGCGUUAGGUGGCUUUAGUGCUUAGUGCCACAUGAAGCACGAAGCUGAAGUCCGACUGGCUAGGGGCUGAAAUAAUCCCCGCUUAACCUCUCUAACUAAUCUCUCUCUCUAUCUUUAACAGAAGCCUUAAUUCGCAUCCCUCUUCAUCUAGAUUUUAAACCUUCAGCAAACUUUUCCAAUACAAGUUACCCCUCUCCAUUCAGAAGACUUGCAUCUUCGUCAACAGUGACUAACUAUGAAAACGUACCUUUUAUUUAGUAUCAAUAUUACGUCAAAAUUGAGAUUGGAACUCCUCCACAAUAUUUUUCAGGACUACUAUCCCUUAGGUCCUCUUGGAUUUUUAUAGAUCAGAAAAACUGUUAUCCAUGCAGGCUUUCGUCUAACAAAUUUGACUCAAGCCUUUCGUUAACUUUUCAAAGCGAAAAUAUCUAUUUAACUCUAGACUCUGUUGGCCAAUUAGAAGGAUAUACAGGAAAAGACACAGUCAAAAUAGGAGGAAUUGCUGCUAAAUCCCAAAGAAUACUUUUAGUCAGCAAGGAGCAUGACAUGGACAAUCUUAAGUCAGACGGUAUAUUUGGCUUAGGUUUUAGCACUUCUAGUGAUGGAACCCCCUCUAUUUUGAAUACUUUUUAUGCCCAGCAUGACAUUAAUCACAUAAUUUUUUCACUUUACUUCAAUGAUUUCAACGAUCCUUCUGACUUGCCUAAUUAUGGCCAGUCAAUGCUUAUCAUUGGUGGUCAUGAUUUAAAUAAAUAUUCAGCAGAAAGCACUUUUACAUAUAUAAAAGCAAAAAACUCCAAUGGAGCUUGGCAAGUGGACUUCGAUAGCGCUACUUUUGAUGGAGCUAAUUAUACAAAUGCAUAUAAAGCAGCAAUUAGUUCUGGGACGAGCUUCAUUUUAGGGCCAAAAGACGCAAUUAACGGUAUUUUAAAACGAUUGCAUGACAAGUAUGACUGCGAUGACGUAGAUGGGCAGCUCUAUUGCAAUUGCAAUGGAAAGUAUCCUGAUUUUAUAGUUCAAAUAAGUGGAAUAAAAUUUACAAUUAAGCCCGCAGGAUAUUUGAUACAAAGUGAUUCCUAUUGCAUCCCAACAUUUGAUUAUACAACAAUUGCAUAUGCAUGAGUGUUAGGUGAUUCUUUUCUCCGAAGAUUUUAUACAAUUUUUGAUAUGGAAAACAUGAAAAUUGGCUUUGCCACUGUUGGGUAUACAUCUCAAAUCAGCUAUUCUAAUUAUACUAAUUCGAAUGGUUCUGGCAGUGGGUCCUCUGGAACAAAUUCUACAUCAGGCUCUAAUAGCACAAACCCAGGUAGUGGCUCGGGGUCAUCAGGAAAUGGUUCAGGGUCAUCAGGAAAUGGCUCUGGUACUCACAAUUCCACAACAGGCAACACGAAUUCAACUGGCUCAGGGUCUAAUACUAUUGACUCUUCUAAUGAAUGGAAACUAACACUUGCUAUAACGCUUUCUGCAUUAUCAGUCUUUAUGGUUUGAAUAUUUUCGUUGGCUGUUCUCUUUUUUAAAAUGAGAGAAAGUCGCAACAUAGCUAUAAAUGAGCAGAGACAGGAAGAAUUAAGAAGAAUUGAAGAAUUGCGAAAAAUUGAAGAGGAGCGGAGAUAUAGAGAAGCGCACGCGCCCGAUCAUCCAAAUAAUCGCAGCAAUCCAGCACCUGAGAAUACCAAACAACGCAGAAAAUGUGGAAGCGUUUUUCCGAGUGAAUUAAGAGGACUUACAUGUUAUCAUUAUUUUUGUGAAAGAGAUUUAAGAGAGUAUUUAGAGAAUAGCAUUAAGGAAAAUAUGAUGGAAAAAACUAUGCGAUGUCCCCUUGAUCAUUGUAAUGGAGAAAUAGGCCUUAUCACUAUUCAGGCCCUUGUAUCUCCAAAUUUAUGGGAAAAGUUUGAUAAUUAUUAUCAAAGAGAAUUAUAG